CAGACCCGGGAGGACUUCUACUCCUGGGUCCUGUGAAGGAAAGGCCCCGGGACGAGUGGGCCGCGAGGGGUGGAUUCCUCGAUGAGAGAAUUGUAUUCAGCUCCUCCUCCCACCACCUGGCGCGUGGGGACGGGUCCGCAGCCCCUUGUCCGUCCUACAACCCCCAUGGGCUGCCGCCAGCCGCCACCUCGGCUGCCACCCAGGACACGGCAGGGAUAAGCGCAGCACAGAACCCACCGGCUACCAUGUCAGGCGACUACGAGGAUGACCUCUGCCGGCGGGCACUCAUCCUGGUCUCAGACCUCUGUGCACGGGUCCGAGAUGCCGACACCAGUGACAGGUGCCAGGAGUUCAACGACCUGCGAAUUCGAGGCUAUCCCCGGGGCCCAGAUGCAGACAUCUCCGUGAGCCUGCUGUCGGUCAUCGUGACAUUCUGUGGCAUUGUCCUUCUGGGCGUCUCCCUCUUCGUGUCCUGGAAAUUGUGCUGGGUGCCCUGGCGGGACAAGGGAGGCUCAGCAGUGGGCGGGGGCCCCCUGCGCAAAGACCUAGGCCCUGGGGUCGGGCUGGCAGGCCUGGUAGGCGGCGGUGGGCACCACCUGGGGGCUGGCCUGGGUGGCCAUCCUCUGCUGGGGGGUCCACACCACCAUGCCCACACCGCCCACCAUCCGCCCUUCGCUGAGCUGCUGGAGCCAGGCAGCCUAGGGGGCUCUGACCCCCCUGAGCCCUCCUACUUGGACAUGGACUCAUACCCAGAGGCUGCGGCAGCUGCAGUGGCCGCUGGGGUCAAACCGAGCCAGACAUCUCCUGAACUCCCCUCUGAGGGAGGUGCAGGCUCUGGGCUGCUCCUACUGCCCCCCAGUGGUGGGGGCUUGCCCAGUGCCCAGUCGCAUCAGCAGGUCACAAGCCUGGCACCCACCACCAGGUACCCGGCCCUACCCCGGCCCCUCACCCAGCAGACCCUGACCCCCCAGCCGGACCCUGGCAGUGAGGAGCGGCCGCCUGCCCUACCCUUACCCUUGCCGGGCGGGGAGGAAAAAGCCAAACUCAUCGGGCAGAUCAAGCCAGAGCUGUAUCAGGGGACUGGACCAGGCGGCCGGCGCGGCGGCGGGGCUCCGGGCUCCGGAGAUGCCGGUGGGGGAGCGCCCUGUGGCCGCAUCAGUUUCGCCCUGCGGUACCUCUAUGGCUCAGACCAGCUGGUGGUGCGGAUCCUGCAGGCCUUGGACCUCCCGGCCAAGGACUCCAACGGCUUCUCCGACCCCUACGUCAAGAUCUACCUGCUCCCAGACCGCAAGAAAAAGUUCCAGACCAAGGUCCACAGGAAGACGCUGAACCCUGUGUUCAACGAGACAUUCCAGUUCUCCGUGCCGCUGGCUGAGUUGGCCCAGCGCAAACUGCACUUCAGUGUCUAUGACUUCGACCGCUUCUCGCGGCACGACCUCAUCGGCCAAGUGGUGCUGGACAACCUCCUGGAGCUGGCUGAGCAGCCCCCCGACCGCCCACUUUGGAGGGACAUCGUGGAGGGCGGCUCGGAAAAGGCAGAUCUUGGGGAGCUCAACUUCUCACUCUGCUACCUCCCCACGGCUGGGCGCCUCACCGUGACUAUCAUCAAAGCCUCUAACCUCAAAGCGAUGGACCUCACCGGCUUCUCAGACCCCUACGUGAAGGCCUCUCUGAUCAGUGAGGGGCGGCGUUUGAAGAAGCGGAAAACCUCCAUCAAGAAGAACACGCUGAACCCCACGUACAACGAGGCGCUGGUGUUCGACGUGGCCCCGGAGAGCGUGGAGAGCGUAGGGCUCAGCAUCGCGGUGGUAGACUACGAUUGCAUCGGGCACAACGAGGUGAUCGGCGUGUGCCGCGUGGGCCCGGACGCUGCCGACCCCCACGGCCGUGAGCACUGGGCGGAGAUGCUGGCCAACCCCCGCAAGCCCGUGGAGCACUGGCAUCAGCUGGUGGAGGAAAAGACUUUGUCCACCUUCACGAAAGGCAGCAAAGGAUUGUCAGAGAAAGAGAACUCAGAGUGAAGGGUCUGGCCUAGGCCCAGGAUCGCACCAGGCCCCCUCAGGACCCCAUCCCUUCCUGCCCGGACUGGGAAUUCAUUUCCUUGAAGCCAUAACGUCCGAGCUGCGUGGUGCAGGGCAGCCCUGGGCCUGCCCGUCCUUCUACCCCACUGGACGUGAGGGUGGGAGGCUGGUGGGCCCGGCUCCCUGUUUCAGGGUGGGGGGGCAUUCAGUCUCCACUGUGUCUGUCUUCCCUUCCCCAGGGCUCCCCUUCCAGGCAAGGGGCCAUGCAUGUCUGGGGGACCCCAGCCCCCAAAACCCUUCGUCUUUCUGUCUCUUUGCUGUUUGUCCAAGAGAGUGUCCUGACCCUCGUUCUCGCCGUGACUGUCAGCAGACUAAUCCUCUGUAUUCCUCCAGACACACACACACACACACACACACACACACACACACACAGACACACACACACCCCUACCUGUGUCUACCCUUUCUGUUCAACACACCCUGCGUCUGGCCAAUUCCCCCACUGCUGCUGCUACGAACACCAGAAUAAACACACACCAUGGG